AUGUUCAAAGAAGAGGAGGAGGCGCAAAUGUUGUUGGAUGAGCUGACAAAAGUCAUCUUGUCCUUUGGUAUGCACGCACAAAGUGCAAGCACAACAUCAGCAUUCAAUACUGAUGCUUCGCUGCCGUACAACCAUGAAUUUCGAGAGCCUUAUUGUGAAGCAAAAGGUCAAAAUUUGACCGGGAAGGAACUUAGUGCAAGCUUAACGCAUUAA